UCGUAUUUGAAGUUUGAACUACCUAAGCCAAAUUAACAAAAGAAGUUGAGAGACACUUGACAUAUUUUUAACAAAUAAAACCCAAUACUUCCUUUAUAAAAAGCUGUAUUCAUUUUCUUCACCUUGUAAAAGAUCUCAGCUAGUGAGUUCCCUCCCAUUUUGGAAAGAAAUUACAAGUCUUAUAUAGAUAUGGAAAGAAGCGUACCUGAGGCACCAAAGAGCCCCAAGAAGGCCACAAUCGAAGAGGAAUACAAGAAGAAUCUUGAGUACAUUGAAGAGGUGACUAGCAAGGUUGAUGAGGUCCAAUGUAGAGUUCUUGCUGAAAUCCUCUCCCAGAAUGCCCAUGUUGAGUACUUGCAGCGCCAUAAUCUCAAUGGCCGCACUGAUAGAGAGACAUUCAAGAAAGUCGUACCUGUCAUCACUUACGAACAUAUUCUGCCUGAGAUCAACCGUAUAGCCUGUGGUGAUAAAUCUCCUAUCCUCUGCUCCCAACCCAUCUCAUGAAUUUUUGGCAAGGUUCUUCUCCCUUUUUUUUUUUCCUGAAUAGAAAUUAAGUAAAAAAUUUAUCUCACAUUUUGGGUUGUAGGUAUUGAAGUAUGUGACCAUACUAUUGUUUACUUAAUUAUGUCUUCAACAAUAAAUAAUAUUUGCUAAAGGGGCAAAU